UUUAUUUUUGUUUGUCAUCGUCCACGGAACGGACCUAACUUCACAGAAACAACAAACCUUUUUAUUUAUUAAAUCCUCCCUAACCAAAAAAAAAAACACAACAAUAAGCUGGUCUAUUUCCUAAUUCCAUCUUUUUCUUUGUGGAUUCUUCGUAGAAUUUCGUUUCUCUUUCCAACAGUUUAACACACACACCCCUCUCUCUCUGCCUACCUUUCUAUCUACCUGUCUAUAUCUAUCUAUCUCUUUCUCUGUAUGUCUUUUAUCCAGCCAUCCAUCUACCCUUUUUCUCUUUCUACUAUUCUAUCUAUCUAUCUAUUUCGUUUUCUUUCUCUCCCUCUCUUUAUCUACCUAUCUAUUCAUCUCUCUCUCUCUCUCCCUCUUUCUCUCCAUCUACCUGUCUGUCAGUCUCUCUCUCUCUCUCUCUUUUUUCUUCCUUCCUUCUCAGUCGUUAUUAAUAUUUUCCGACGUAAUUUCUCGCGUCUUUCGUCAAAAACCGGAGUUAACACAAAAAAAAGCCCAUAACCACCACCACCAUCACACGACCACCACCAACAACAACACUCCCACCACCAUCACCAACACCCUCACUAUCUCCAUCACCACCACCACCAAUAUUAUCAUCCCCGCCGCCACCAUCAUCAAAUAAAUAAACAGAAGAACAAGGAAGAUGUGCUAAUGUCCGCACAACUCUCCUAUCUCCGUGUCUGGUCGGAAAGGUGUGGUUUAGGGCUGGGAAGUUCCCUGUCCGGAGCCUGCAAGUCGCGAGUCCAACGUGAAAGAUUGAACAGCCACUACCUCACUCUGGAGGCUGAGGGACCAGCUUUCAGUGAGAACAAUCCCAACACCCACCAGAUGCCUGCCAGUAUGGCCUGUCAAGAUGAACCGUCAAAUCUGGAAUGCAUACACAAGUCGGAACUAUUUCCUAAAAAGGAACUGGUGACAGAAGAUCGCUACCUGCAGUUCCCUUUCCCUCUUUUGUGCGGAGAGUCUGUCGAAUACCUUGGCAAAAUAGACGAUGGCAUCAUAGCUCUGUCCAACUUCAGAGUCCUGAUCAAGUGCAAAGAUUUAUUUGCCAACGUCCCAAUUGGACUGAUUGAAUUCGUUGAGACCAGAGACAUUUUCUUUGUUUCUCUGUUUUGUAGGUGUUCGUUUGCCACAAAUGAAUUGUGCCAAGAUUGGUUUAAGCGGCUCAAUGCAGUCAUUACAACCCCAACACGAAUGGAAGAUCUGUUUGCGUUUGCAUUCCAUGCUUGGUGUGUGGAUCACUGCAACAGGGAACAGAACUCCUCGUGCUAUCAGUUGUGCGUGCAGAAUUCUCCAGUGGAAAGUUAUCAACUGCGUUUUGGUAAAGAAGUGAAACGGAUGAAUUUUGAUUUGAAGUCAGCAUGGAGGAUAUCUUACAUCAACGAAGAUUAUGAGAUUUGCCCUUCAUAUCCUGAAGUCCACAUUGUUCCUGCUGUUAUCACAGAUGAAGAAUUGAAAAAUGUUGCAAGUUUCCGAUCCAUGCGAAGGAUUCCGUCAGUGGUUUGGAGUUUUGGAAAUUAUGAGAUGACAAUGGGUAUAAGAGAGAAUUCCACCAAUGCUCUUGGUAUGUUGAUUAUCGAUGCUAGGUCAUACAGUGCAGCUAUUGCCAACCGAGCAAAGGGCGGUGGCUGUGAAUGUGCAGAAUAUUAUCCAAAUUGUGAGAUCCAGUUCAUGAACCUUGCCAAUAUACAUUCCAUCAGGAAAAGCUUCUGUGCCCUUAGGACUUUGUGUGGAUCAUCUCCUGAUCAAACAAACUGGCUGUCUGGGCUUGAAAAUACCAAGUGGCUUCACCAUAUUGCUAAUCUGCUGAAAGCUGCCUGUGUCGUUGCUAGUGCAAUCCACAAAGAAGGUAGACCGGUUUUGGUGCACUGCUCCGACGGCUGGGAUAGGACCCCUCAAAUUGUGGCCUUGGCAGAAUUGCUUUUGGAUCCAUACUACAGAACUUCCUAUGGAUUCUAUGUUCUUGUCGAAAGAGAAUGGCUACAGUUUGGCCACAAGUUUGCUGAUCGGUGUGGUCAUGAUGUCAACAACGGUGAUUCCAAUGAACGUUGCCCAGUCUUCUUACAAUGGCUGGACUGUGUACACCAGAUAUAUCGUCAGUUCCCAUGUGCUUUUGAAUUCUCUGAAGCCUUUCUGAUAAAAUUAGUCCAGCAUACUUACUCCCGCCUCUUUGGGACAUUUUUAUGCAAUAACGCCAAUGAGCGCAAGAAAGCCAAGUUGAAAACCAAAACAGCUUCUGUUUGGUCCCUCCUGUUGCCUGGCAACAAAAGGUUCACCAACUCCUUGUAUAACCCUUCAACAGAUCAGGUUCUCUAUCCAUCAUGCCAUGUUCUCAACCUAACCCUGUGGACCCACGUUUUUCUCUCAAACAAUUCCUUCUCCACCAGCUCAGACGACAUUGUCGGUACAAACGCAAGCGAUCAUUUCCUCGAUGAGCAGCAUAAAGUCGAUCACAACAACUUGGGCAAGACGCGCUCCUACGACGACUUGGUCGGUGUGGAGCACCCAGCCUAUUUCAGCAGAAGGUUGAGCGACCCGAACAUUGCUGUCGACAAUCAUGAGCAGGCAAUGUUCCCGGCCAAAGAAUGCAGCAACAGCGUGUACAGUCUAAUAAACGUGAACAGCAAUCAUUUAUUGGAAGAAACCAGUGCGAGCCCUCCCCAGGAACUGUUCAACGGUAACCACUGUGCUUCGACGCCCGACAGCGAACCAGCAGAUAACAUUGAAGAAGGGAACACAGAAAUGGAGUAUCAGAUAAAAUUCGGAGAAGAACUUCUCAACGGUGACAUCUUGACAAACCUUACAAACAGUGAGGUAAACGGCAAUUCCUCGCUCCCUUCUUUUAUUACAUCUGUCAGCAGUAAAUCACAUAGGACUUUGAACAAAUCUUCCCAGGUCUCCGUCAAUGAAACAUUUAGCAAUUCAAUAGCUCCCAUUGUAGAUGAACCUCUUAAUAAAUUAACCAAUUUCAGAAAUACCUGUACUGCUAAAACGUCAUCGUCAUCGUCGUCGAGCACAGCUAACUUGCCGGCCAAUGUUUACAUGAACGGCAACAUCGAGCACCAAAAUUCUAGUAGUAGUAGCAAUAGCAGCAGCAGCAGCAGCAGUAGUAGCAGUAGUAGUGAAGAAGACGACUAUAGUGCAAAAUGUAACGCGGAAAGGACUUUACAAAUUUACUCCAGUAUUAGUACAAGCACCAGUGAUAUUAGCGACUCCCGGAUAGACGCCAAUGGUGGCGACUCUUCUUCUUCUUCGGCAGUGCCACCGGCAGUCUCCCCGGCCGAGACUGAAUAUCGGUCUAUCCCCCGCUCAUCUCUAAAGUUCAACUAUUUGUUUGAAAGUAAAAUGAAUAUCUCCAAGACAAAAUCUUGUCCCAGCACACCAAAUAUACCCAUGGCACAGUGUCUGAAAAGAGCACUCACCCCAGUGACACCUGCUGCUGAAAGUAAGGUCCAACCAUUAUUGAAACAGUGUAGCACAGCCCAAAACCAGACCAGCUUUAAUGUCACAAGACACCUGGAUCCAGACGGUUUGACCACCCACCCUGAUACAGUUCAACAGAGAGUGAACGAGAUCCGUUCAGAUUAUCACCAAACAAUUGAAAUACAGAAACGGCAUCUUGAGCAAUUAGCGACAUUAUAUCAAGCGUCGGCCUUCAACGGCACCGUUCGGCAAAUAUCCGAUAAAGAUGAACUCAAAUGUUGCUACGAGAUCCCUCUGCUGUCUUAUCUGGACGAUAAGGAAAAGGCAUCCCUGCCUGAAUCGUCUGGGAGUGGGGAGCCUCACUCGCUGGGACACUGCAGCAAUGCAGCUUCUGACGUCAGCUGGGAGCAUAUAGAUGAAAAGGACUCUAAAAUGACCCUUUGGGUUCCAGACCAUGCAGUGACCCACUGUGCUGGGUGUGAAGCUGCCUUCUGGUUUGUGAGGCGUAAACACCACUGUCGAAAUUGUGGUAAGGUUUUCUGUGGUAAAUGUGCCAACACUUAUAUGCCAAUUCCUCACCAACAACUGCUAGAACCAGCCAGAGUGUGCCGCAGCUGUUUGCCAAAGCUACAGAACUCCUUUCCAGAUAACUAUGGUUUUUUCGCAUUUGAACAGCCACUUGUUGCAGCUGCUGCAGCCGCUGGUGCAUCUUCUAAUUGAGCAGAUUGCAUCUUGAAAUGCGCACUCUAAAAAUGCACACACACACACACACAUACACACUCCCUCUUUCUCUCUCUCCCCAUCUUUUUUUCUCUCCCCUUUUUAUUGCUAUACACGGAAGUGUGUGUGUGUGUGUGUGUGUGCAUAUAUAUGCAUGUCAUUUUGUAUAUAUGUGCGAGUGUAUGUGUGUAUAUGUAUAUAUUCUGUGUAGAUGCAUUUCUGUGCAUGAGUGUCUGUACGUGUAUAUAUGUGUGUGUAUGUAUGUGUGUAUAUAUGUGUGUGUGUUUAUAUAUAUAUAUAUAUAUAUAUAUACACCCACCACCACUCCCCCCUUGACUGCUACAGUAUCUACCAUUGUUAGUUCUGUAGCAAAAUUUGGUGAGAAAAUCCUUUAGGGAAUAUCUUGGACAAUUUUUAUUUCUGAGUAAUUUUCCACCACACCUGCCAACCCCCAUCCCCUGCGUUCUUCUAUUCUGCAUUAGUAUGUCUCUAUGCCCUCUUGUAUAUAUGGUGUGCAUAUAUAUAUAUAUAAAUAUAUAUAUAUAUAUAUAUAUAUAUAUAUAUAUAUAUAUAUAUAUAUAUAUGUAUAAAUGUAUGUAUGUAAGUGUUGGGAUGUAUAUAUUUGUUGCCAUACUCGUAUCGAGUUUAGCAACCAAUCUUACGUAUUAACACACAUGUAUAUAUGCGUGUGUGUGUAUAUAUAUACAUAUAAAUAUAUAUUUAUAUGUAUGUAUACACACUCACACACACACAAAUGUGUAUUUAUACAUGUGUGCGCAUGCAAGUGCUUGUAUGCAUGCAUGUGUAUGUAUGUGUGUGUGUGUGUGUAUAUAUAUAUAUAUAUAUAUGGAUGUAUGUAUCUUCAAAAUAUGUGUUUACACUUUGAAUGAUACAGGUUGUGCUUUGGUUUUUUUUUUUUUUU